GGGAAAGGGUGAAAUUUUAACACUUAGCGUAGCUUCAACGAUUUGAAAUUUCAAAUUUGGUUAAAUAUCCCUUUAGCCACAAAUAUAGAGUAUAUUUAUUUGAUUUGGAUUUAUUUAGCCACAAAUAAAUAUGCUCUCUAUGAGCUGUUUUGUGAAGCAUCGGUUCUCUGCAUUAUACAUUAUCACCUUUUGCAUUUUAAGCUUGCGGAAAUCAUCGGGCAAUGGGCUACUUCAAUUAGAGGUUCAGCAAGAUUAUGUGGUGUUAGAUAAUGGAUUGCUCCAACUUACCUUCACAAAACCAGGAGGCCAUCUCAUUUGCAUACGCUACAAUGGACUCGACAACUUGCUUGAGCUCCACAAUCCACUGCUAAAUGGAGGGUUUUGGGACCUUAAUUGGAGCAAACCUGGCACUUCAGGCACUCGAGGAGAAUUUGAUGUUGCUAAUGGAACAGAUUUCCAAGUUGUGGUACAAAAUGAGGAACAAGUAGAGCUAUCCUUCACUAGAAAAUGGGAUGCUUCCAUGCUAGGACAGUAUGCCCCUUUGUCUAUAGACAAAAGGUUCAUAAUGCUGUGCGGCUCGUCUGGUUUCUACUCGUACGCCAUCUAUCAACGCGAUGAGACCAUGCCAGCGUUCUACUUGAACGAGGCCCGGAUCGCCCUCAUGCUCAACAUAGAAAAGUUUGUGUACAUGGCCAUGUCAGACGACAGACAGAGGCGUCUGCCACGGCCCGAGGACCGUGUCCCUCCACGGGGGAGGGAGUUGGCAUUCCCUGAAGCAGUUCUCCUAGUUGAUCCAAUAGAGCCAGAAUUCAAAGGAGAAGUGGAUGAUAAAUACCAAUACUCAUGUGAAAAUAAAGACAACAAGGUGCAUGGAUUCAUAUGCACUGAUCCCACUAUAGGGCUGUGGCAAAUCAGCCCAAGCAAUGAGUUCAGGACUGGAGGGCCUAUCAAACAGGACCUCACUUCUCAUGUCAACCCGACCACAUUGGCCAUGUUCGUGAGCACUCACUACGGAGGGGAGGAUCUAGUGGUGAAGUUCGGAGACGGGGAAGAGUGGAAGAAAGUUUUUGGACCAGUUUUUAUAUACCUUAACUCAGUGUCUGAUUAUACAAAUGAUAGUAAUGCUUUUUUGUGGAGUGAUGCUAAAGACCAGAUGAAGAAAGAAGUUGAGAAAUGGCCAUAUAGCUUCCCUGUUUCAGAAGAUUUCUUACAUGUUGAUCAAAGAGGGAGUGUUUGUGGUAGAUUAUUUGCUCAAGACAGGUACAUUUCUGAGGGGAAAAUAGCAGCAAAGGGUGCUUUUGUGGGGCUGGCUCCACCAGGAAAAGAUGGAUCAUUUCAAAAGGAAGCAAAAGGAUACCAAUUCUGGGUAAAUGCAGAUGAUGAUGGUUAUUUCAAAAUUACCAAUAUUAGGCCUGGAGUUUACAAUAUCUAUGCAUGGGUCCCAGGCUUCAUUGGUGAUUAUAGAUGUGACAAAGAUAUAGUUGUGGCACCAGGCAGUUCAAUAGAUCUGGGCGAUCUUGUGUAUUUCCCUCCAAGAAAUGGAGCAACACUAUGGGAAAUCGGCAUCCCGGAUCGAUCUGCAGCCGAGUUCUACGUUCCUGACCCCGACCCUAUGUAUAUCAACAAGCUACUUGUAAAUCUCCCUUCACACAGGUUUAGGCAGUAUGGGUUAUGGCAGAGGUAUGCAGAUUUGUACCCAAAUCAAGACUUGGUUUACACUAUUGGCACUAGUGAUUACAAGAAAGAUUGGUUUUAUGCUCAAGUUACAAGAAAAAUUGGAGAGAGUGCAUAUAAAGCAACAACGUGGCAGAUAAAGUUCGAAUUGGACGAGAUCGCAGAGAGUGGUAAAUACACACUGCGGAUCGCUCUAGCAUCUGCAACUUUCUCCAUACUAGAGGUGAGGGUGAACAAGAAUGGGCUAGGCGAGGCGUUGUUUUCAAGCGGAUUAAUUGGAAGCGACAACACAAUAACAAGGCAUGGGAUUCAUGGGCUUUAUUGGCAAUUCAAUGUGGAGAUGGAAACAUCUCUUUUCAACGAAGGAGAUAACACAAUAUACCUCACACAAGCUAGAAAUUUCAGUGCUUUGCAUGGAGUCAUGUAUGAUUAUGUUCGACUUGAGGCUCCUUCUUUCACCUCCAACAAACUGGCUUGAAGAGACAGAGAAAAAGAAAAUAAAUGUUCUAAAUUAUCUCCUUAAUUUCUUAUGUUUUGAGUGAACACUAAUAAACUAAUAAUCAUUUUCAGUUCUUAGUA